AUGUCUGCAAUGAAAUCUGGUUGCUGGCAUAAGGCGCCACCUGGUGUAUCACUAUCUGAGCUAUCCCGCUACGAGCAAGUCAAGGAGCAAUUAACCUGCACUGACACUGUCUUGUUAAAAUCUGAUCGCUUAGUAGUUCCUGCUUCGCUGCAAGAACGAAUUGUUGACCUCGCCCAUGAAGGUCACUUGGGCAUAGUUAAAACUAAGGCCCUCCUGCGAGAGAAGGUGUGGUUCCCAUGCAUGGACAAGAUGGUUGAAACAAAGGUCAAGGCCUGUUUACCGUGCCAAGUUGUAACCCCGGUGUAUGCUAGAGAGCCUGUUCAAGUAUCAGCUCUUCCUGACAGCCCUUAUGAUGAAGUAAGCAUCGACUUUGCGCAUGUUGAGGGUGAAACCCUACUUCUACUGGUUGAUGAUUAUUCAAGGUUCCCGUUCGUAGAACCAGUGUCCUCAACGUCCGCUAGUGCUGUCAUACCUAAGUUAGAUCAGCUAUUUGCUACAUUCGGAACUCCCAAGAUUGUUAGAUCAGAUAAUGGUCCACCUUUCAACGGAGAAGAGUUUGCCAAGUUUGCUCAUGCGCUUGGUUUCAAGCAUCGCAAGCUACCACAGACCAACUACGUUGACCCUGUGUCGGAGAUCGUCCGCGAACGCGAUUUCUUGCAGAAAUCCAAGUUCAAGGCUCAUGCUGACAGCAAGGUUUAUGUGAAACCCACCACUAUCUCACCUGGUGAAACCGUACUAGUGAAGAGACCAUUUACUGCGUCUAAAGGUGCAACUGUUUACGACCCUACCCCCUUGACUGUAGUGGAUAAGAAAGGCAGCAUGAUCACAGCUCAAAACGAGAAUCGCACAGUUACCAGAAAUUUCUCUUUCUUUAAAACUCUGGACCAGUCAGUCAUCAACCGUGGUGAUGAUCCGUCCCAUGACAAUGGUCUCAGCUCUCCAGCUGACAUCAAGCACCAACAAGAGCUGCCUGCUGCACGUACUGCCUGCUGCUCAUGCUUCUGA